AUGACGGGCAUGUUGUGUGCACUUUUCGCUGGCGAAGGGGAUAUCCUGCAAACCUUGGUCAGGCAUGGUGCGGAUGUGAACGCUCGUAUCAGCGGUCUUGGACAUUUGGGAUACUCCGACUCUCUAACUUUGCUGAUGGUCGCCGCCUAUAGUUCUCAAGAGCCGAAGAUCCUGUCCACCCUUAUCACGUCCCGGGCCGAUCCUGACAUUGUGUGCGUCUCCGAGUCUGGCUCAAUGGUUACCGCGGCAUGGUUAGCAUCGCAGCCUGGCCAUGUACAGGUGUUGCUGGAGAAGAGAGCAGACUUGGCCGCAUCACCGCCGUUGACGGGCGCAGUCGCAGUUUCCAGUGCAAGCACGGUGAAGGCACUCUUGGAGGCUCGCUGUGACGCUGGCGCCGUUUCCCCAACUGGCUUCGGACCUAUGUACAGUGUGUCCUUCUGUGGCCGUGGCAGCCCGGAUGCGCCAGCCAUCUUGCAGAUGCUCUUGUCCUCACGAGGUGAUGCAAACGCGCAAGCGAAGCCCAGUGGCCUCCUGUACAAGGAGUGUUUGCGUGCUCGCGUUUCUGCUGCCCUUUGGGGGCUUGAGGGGUGCACUGUUUACCAGCGUCAAAUGGCUUCCCUUCCAGGGGCCACAGCAUUGUCUAUUGCUGCCGUCAUGGGCGACAAGAGACUGGUGAGGCUACUUCUGGAGCAUGAUGCUGAGCCUAUUGCUAAUGAUCGAGGAGACUCGCCGGAAGACUUGGCGAGGGCAGCGGGCCAUAUGGACCUGCUGCCUCUACUGUCCACCUUCCAUGUGUAG